AUGGCCUUCUCCUCGUUCCCAUGGCCGUUCCGCCGCCGAGCCGGCGGCAGUGGCAGCGGCGGAACCGGCCCAAGCAAACCCUCCGCCGCGGAGGGGAAGGAGGAGGACGCGGAGGAGCUCGGCGUCACGCCGCAGCUCCUCGACUUCCUCCGGACACUCUCCCCCGGCGCCUUCAAGUCCUUCCCCACCAGCUCCACCAAGUCGGCGGCCGAGCUCUCGGACUGGCAGCAGCGGCACACCGUCCUCGUGCUCGCCAGAGCCAAGGAACUCGCUAAGGUCCGCUAUGAUCUAUGCCCACUCCACAUGAAGGACAAGCAGUUCUGGACAUACAUCUUGCCAUAA